AUGGCGGAGACAUCGAAGCUAAGUGAAAGCGAAGCUCCUCCCAGUGAGCCAACUAAAAUGUCCAGUUACAGGCACUGCAUGGAUGUGAUACUGAAGCUGCUUUCAGACUUUGGAAAAGAGCUCAAAUUAGAAGAGGCUGCUUUGAAAAUAGAAGUGAACCCCAGUGCUGUCGAGCUUUCUUCGUCUUCAGAGACUCGGAUUUAUUCGUGCUUGCAGGCGCAUAUCACAAAAUUACAGGCUGUUUCCAAAAGCCUGAGAUCACUGGUGGAGGCUGAUGGUGUUACAUCAGUGAAAGAAAACACACUGGAUAAAGGUGUCUCAUCAUCCUCAGUAAAAGUGCAGACAGCUGUGUUGUCUGAGCACCAAGAUCACAACUCUGAGCACCAAGAUCACAACUCUGAGGCUGCAGAGAGUAAGACUUCAGAUGAUGACAUCAUGGUUCAGAUCCGAGCUGGAAAGUCAGAGAUUGAGCGAAGAAUAUCUGCAUUUAUGGAACGCAAGCAGAUGGAGAUCAAUGAAAACAAUGUGCGCGAGUUUUGCAACGUGAUCGACUGCAAUCAGGAAAACAGCUGUGCCAGAACAGAUGCUGUGUUCACUCCUUAUCCAGGCUUUAAAAGCCACGUAAAAGUCACACGUGUAGUAAACACUUACGGGCCUCAGACUCGUAGUGGGGGAUGCCAGGGGGAAGCGGGGGAGCACCAGAGGGGGACGACUGUAAAGGAUUGUGGAAAUGCAGCCAUAGAGGAGCGACUCCAGAACAUCGAGACGCACCUGAAGCUGCCGUCUGUGGGGCCUGUCCCUUUAAACAUCUAUCAGAGACUCAAGAAGCUGGAGGAUCGUAUCCUGGAGCUGGAGGGACUCUCACCCGAGUACUUUCAGUCCACGAGUCAUCUACACAAGAGACCCAAGAUGUCCAGGGCACAGGCCUGCAGUCUGACGGAGCUGGAUGAGAAGAUCAGCGCAGUGAAAGCAGCUCUACUCAAGAGGAUGACUGAGUUUGGACCCAGGUGUGGUACUGAUUAUCCACUGUGAUACACACAAACUGUGCAUGUUUCACGUGCCUUUUUUUAACCAGUCCUCAGUUCAUCUGCACUUUUAUCACGUCUUUAUCAGUAAAACUGGACCGUUCCAAU